CGUGUUUUGUUCCGUUCCUCGUUUUAGUUCGGUUUGUUUGGGCGUCCUCGGUAGCGUUUAUUUUGAUUCUUUUGAUUUUUUACCAGCCCAUUGUUCACCGUAUUUUCGUAUUCUAUCAUGUCGGUUAUGUUUGGUUUAAUAAAAUACAAAAAAGUGAAAAGUAUCUAGGUAAUAAGUUUCAAAGUGCAACCACACAAUGUCCCGGGCGGAAAGUUACCUCGCGCUGUGUCUGUUAGACGCACUGGACGAUCAAAACUUGGAGUCGUUGCGAGUCUUGCUGGAGAAGCACAAGGCCAACCCGAAUGCCAUUGUCAUGGAGAAAAACGUUGCCCCUGUGCACUUGGUGCAGGGGGCGGAGAACGAGAGAUUUGCCGAACAGGCAACCGGUCUGAUGCUGCGACACGGGGCUGAUCCGAAUCUACGAUCAGACGAGGAAGGAAUGACUCCGUUGCAUGUAGCGGCCAAUCUGGGACGGCCCCGGUUGGUCGAAAUGUUGCUCAAAGCCGGAGCGGAUAUGGACUUGCGGGAUGCUGAUAGUAAAUUAGCGGUGGAAUAUGCCAUCGAGGAAGGCCAUUUCGAGGUAGUGAAGGUGAUGCAGAAUUUUGUGUUCGAGAAAAAGUUUGAGGAUAAGAGAAAGGAGUUAAUACAGAGGGAACAACAUAAUGGGAACGUCUGUGGUGGAUUGGUAAAAUGCCUUGGCGGCUAUUUGAGGUUGGACACUCCUACCAAAAAGAGUAUUUUAUUGGAUGAAUCGAAGUUAACCCCAAAUCGAGUGCAUUACAAUUUCGAUGCUACUUCCCCUUAUUAUAUUAAUAUUACCCACCGCAAAAAAGCAAGUCCUAAACGAACGAAAGAUGACAUGAAUAGGGCUAUAGUUCAUAUGCAGGAAACUCUCGUAGCAGGGGAGUUAACUGAUGAUGAUGAAGAUGGUGUUGUAAUCGCCCGAAAGAAUCUAUUCGAACUGACGGAGAAAAACUUAGCCAAUUUUAGUCAGAACAUGUCGAAUUCAACGAGGAAAAGCCGAACAUCGUUCAUCGAAUGUUGGAGAGAUAAAAUAGCUUGCCUGCGGGAUCGAAAUAAGUUAAGCACAAAUAUUGAAGACAUAGAAAAAAUUUUGUCUGGUUUCUCAGAUAGCACGCUUGAGGACAACAUUGACCGAGAAACAUACACAAUUGAUUCGAAUGAUUGCGAUCCAGACCUGAACCAGGAUCUCUCAAGUCUCACUUUCCAAACUGCCAUAGAACAGCAGCCGGUUCAAUGCGAAGACAGUUUGCGAACGAACGAAUUUGCCCUUGCUCUGUGUCCGUCGUCGCCUGAUGAUUCGCAGCCACAAGAGAAACCCUUCACCGAGGCACACAACCGGCUUGUUCAAAUUACGGAGGAAUACGUACACACCGAUGACGAAGCCGGUUUGGUUUUCUACGAGAAAAAGUUUCUCGCCGCUGCACAUCCGACAGCGAAAAGUAACAAACAAGCCAAUGGCAACGUGUCAUUGUCCAGUCAGUCCACCGCUAUUACAUUGCCGCCGCUAGAUUACGAUACGGAUGUACUUCGGGCUGAACUUACCAAUUUCGGUGAGCCGCCGGGUCCGAUUACGAAGCAUACGAAAAAACUGUACAUAAAGAAGCUGAUCAAAUACAAACGGGAUCCAGAACGUGCCCUAGCGCAGGUCAAGGGAAAAUUGAAUUUCUCCGUUGAGCUUCUCGCGACCGUACGCAGCGAAGAUGUCUUCGGUAAAAUACCUCAUCAUCAAACCCUUGAAGCCGAAAUGUGCAGCGAGUUCGUCACAACCAACGACAAAACGUGGCGCGAAGGUCAUCUGAAGAAGAGCUUUAUCUAUCUGCUGAUCGACCCUAGGGUAUCGGAAAAUUUGCCAGCACAACAGACCCUAUAUCAGCAGCACGAUCUGUGGAAGCGCUUUCUGCAAUCAAUUUUCUAUGUUGGCAAAGGAAAGAGUAGCCGCCCCUAUUGCCACCUAUACGAUGCCAUGAAGUUGUAUCAGCAGAAGUCUAGCUGCGUGAACGCUCUUAAACCGCCGGACCAAGCGCACCAGCUGCAGGUAGAAGAGGAGGAAAUCAUCUUCCAGAGCGAAGAACGCAUCGAGCGAGUUUGUCGCGCGACCAAGAUCCUCAACCGGAAGCAGAUGAACGAUAGUGCCAAACUGAAUAAAAUUAUCGACAUUUGGCGCGCUCAGCGUGGUGUGAUUUGCCUGCAUGUGUUCCACAAUAUAAUGCCGGCGGAAGCGUUCACACGGGAGGCGGCGAUUAUCGAUGCCUUAGGGGUGCAAAACUUAACCAAUCUGAAGCGAGGUGAUUAUUACGGCAAGGCAUUGACUUGGCCGAUGAAGCGCCGGAAGCAGUUGGGCGUGUUGAUGCUGUACAAGGCGAUGCUGAUUUAUUUGGCCGAAGGCGAAACUCAACUGCUGCCAAGUGAUUUGAUAUGAGCUCUUAGUAGAUGAUGAGUCGGAUUUGCGAGUGAAACGAGCAGAUUUCGGCGGGAUAAGAAAGUGUGUUCAUAUUAACUAUCGGAUAUUUUGAUAAAAAAAUGUUACACAUUGUGAUAAAUAAAUUAUUGUAUACUUUG